AUGCACAGUGCACUCCAUUUGACUACCCACAUAUUCACCACUCCCAACCCUGUCCCCAAACCUACUGCUGUGCAGCCCAGGGUUGCAUACCAUCACCUAGAGAUUCCUGAGUGUACAGACAGACUGCCAUCUGGUGUCAACCUUGGAAUUUUGGACUGUGAAGACUACUUAUCAGAGCUACUCAGGCUGGAAGGUAGAUGUGGUGUUUCCGGUAUCUGUCCCAACUGCAAGCUUCAACUGGCUCACUUCUGCUGUGAUGAUUGCCUUGGAUUUGACAUGUACUGCCAAGAAUGUGUAGUGACUCAUCAUGGAGAUCACCCAUUGCACUGUGAGUGGAAUGGCAGAUACUUUGCAAGCAAAACAUUGAAGGAGUUGGGCUUGAUCGUGCAGUUAGGCCAUCCUAUUGGCAAAAGGUGCUGCAGGCCCUGGUCUGUCCUGAAAGAUGAGUUUGUUGUUAUGCACAGGAAUGGGAUUCACAUUGUCAGCCUUGCCUUCUGUGGGUGUGAGACUGCAGAUUCAUAUACACAACAAUUGCUGCACAUUUGCUGGCUCCCUGCAACUUCCAAUAAGCCCCACACUGCAGCAAUGUUCCAAGUCCUGGAAGACUUUCAUCUCCUGUCAUUAGAAUCCAAGCUUUCUUGUUAUGAGUUUUACAGUGCCUUGUCACAUCAUUCAGAUAAUACUGGAUUAAAUCCACCUAAGGUGCAUCACAGUUCAUGUUGUAAAUUUUUGAGAAUGGUCUAUGUUGAUGCACUUUUUGUCACUCUUGAUGCCAACUUUUGCCUCAGAUGUCAUGCAGUCUCAAAUAAUGAGAACAAUCUGAGCCUCAGUCAGGGCUGGGCAUAUUUUGUGGAGGACACCAUGUUCAAGAGAUACUUAAGUGACCACUGGCAUGAUAUCCAAGAGAAAAGCAUGUGCUCAAAUCACAAUGCAGUGAAUAUGGCAGAUGUGAAGUCAAAGAAGGGUUGCAAUGCAACUGGCAUUGGCAUGAUUGUUUGCACCAGGCAUAGCAUGAGGCUCCCAAAUGGGAUAGUUGACCUACAAUACAGUGAAAGAUAUGUGAACAUGGACUAUGCAUUUGCAUCUGCACUACACCACUCAGAUGCGACUGUCCUCAAAGUUUUGUAUGACAUUGCCUGCCAGUGGCACAAGAAGUUAUAUCAGCAGAUGGACCAGAUGCCACCUUCUUUACAGUCAAACUUACACAACUGGGCUGUUACAUUUCUCAUACCCAAGUUUCACCUUCCUGCCCACAUCGCCUCAUGCCAAUGGUCCUUCUCCUUCAAUUGGACCAAGGGUGUUGGUCAGACAGAUGGCAAAGAACUUGAGUGUGGAUGGGCAAACCUUAACCCCACUGCUUCAAGCAUGAAGACCAUGGGCCCUGGUCAUCGUCAAGACACACUGGGUGACUACUUUGGUGACUGGAACUGGAAAAAGCUUAUUGGACUGGGCACUUCUCUUCUUAGGAAGGUAAAGGAGGCCAUCCCUGAGCACAAUGAUCAUCAACAUGACUUUGAAGAAUUAACACAGUCACUCAAGCUCAAGUUUCCUGAGCAACUCGCUCUAUGGAAGCAGCAGGUAGAGGACUGGGAAGCCGACUCAACCAAGCCUAAUCCAUUUGAAGUCAAGAAUGAUGGUAUCACACAAGCUAGUAUCUGCUUACAAUUGGCGAAGGAUGAGGCCAAUGCACUUGUGGGAGGGAAUGUAACCCUGAGCAUUCUCAUUGGCACUGGGAUUGACCUAGAGGAUCAGCACAAUGCACUGGUGAGGCAAAUUGAGGCAUGGCAAAAACUUCAAGUCCUGUUUAUGCCUGGUUGGCCAGAGUUUGCCAGUCAACCUCAUUCCCUGGAGGACAUCCCAUUCAGCAAAGUCACAUGUCCACCAAAAUUGGCAAUGAUUGAACUUCAACUCAGGGAGGGUCAAGUGCACAAUGCAUUGAAUGAUCUGUGCCAGGCCCUAGAUACCAAGAUAAAUACUGCUGCUACAAGGUAUCAUGUAGCAUAUCAAGCAUUAACCAUUCUCGCCCCCCUGGUUGGACAAGUUGGGUGGAGGGACAAGCUUCGCCCACUUGCAGACAAGGACAUUAGUGCACUCACAGAUGCUUACAACCUCCAGCCUGGAGAGGGACAAUGCCAUGUUUCUUGGAUUUGGCAGUCAUAUGGGUACAGUGAUCAUGCCACAGAGAAGGAAUCAGAUGACAGUUUUCAGGAGGCCAUCCAUGUGGAGUGGUGCAAAGCAUGUGCAUGCACACACCACUGGGAAGAGGAGGUUAGGCUACUAUUUGAAGAAAAGCAACAUACAUUACAGUUUCUUGAGUGGCACACAAAUUGGUGGAUGGGCCAUGCUAGUGCCAUUGCAACAGGUGACAAAGCUCUCUCCUGA